CCAUCGGAGUGUGAGCAGUGCACGUGUGACAUGGAUGGGAUUGCACGGUGUCUGGUUGCUGACUGUGCCCCACCGCCUUGUGUCAACCCGGUCUACGAGAAGGGGAAGUGUUGCCCAGAGUGCAAGGAUGGUCCCAACUGUUACAGUGACUCCAGCCAGAUCCAGGUGAUCGCUGGAGGAACGACGGUGUGGAUUGACAAAUGCACCCAUUGCCGUUGCCACGACGGGCAAGAUGUUGGCUACUGGGAAGGUAACCGUGUGGCCAAGUGUGUGAGGAUGAGGAACUGCACUCCAAGUGUCGGGCACCGUCAGUCACCGCAUUGAGAUCAGAGACUAUUUCGAUGCUUUCCCAUCUUCUCGUCACUCUGAAUCAUACCACUGGCCCAAACAGUUGGCUCCUGUUAUACACAACGAGCACCAAAACCUUAUUCACAACUUAAGAUCAAUAAUAGUGUUAUGUACAAUAAAAAGCCUUUUGCAGUCA